AGUCAAGAAAGAUGCUCCGAGAAUUGUCGGUUUUGUUGCUGGUGGCUGUGUGCGCCGCAAAGCAUGUGGAGCUUCCGGCUCCGUUUAAGGAUCACUGCAUCUUGGAUGAUAAGCAGAAUCUCUAUGAUCCAAGCAAGCAAUUUGAUAUCAAGUGGUACGAUGUGAACCUUGAUCUCCCACCAUCGGAGCGUUGGGUGCAGAUCGCUACAGCCAACAAGGAACACAUCGCCGACCUGAUCGGUGUGCUGAUCAAUCUGAUCACUCCAUGGUUCCCAAAUGCCAUCGACUUUGUUGAUGACGUGUUCGGUGAUUUGGCGCCAAAGCUCGCUCAGCCAUAUCGUGACGAGAUCUUCAGUAUUGCCAAUGCCACCGGUAUCCCAUUGGGACAGAUCACCAUGUAUAACAUCUUCUACGAGAUCUUCACCGUUUGCACAUCGGUCAUCGCUCAGGACAAGGACGGCCACGUUUUCCACGCCAGAAACCUCGAUUUCGGACUCUUCAUGGGAUGGGACCCAGUUCUUCACGACUGGCAAAUCUCGCAAAAGCUUCGUAAGAUGAUCAUCAACGUCAACUGGCUCAAGGACGGAAAGCUGUUGUACAAGUCGAACAACUUUGCCGGAUACAUUGGAAUCUACAACGGUCUCAAGCCAAACGCCUUCUCCUUGACUGCUGACGAUCGAUUCCAGCUUGUCGGAGGAUACUACGGUAUUCUCAAGUGGGUGUUCGGAUUGGAGGCCGACGGAAAAUGGAUGUCCUGGUUGGCAAGAGAGACCCUCGAGACUAAGACCACCUACCUCGACGCCAAGGAGCACUUGAUGAACACUCCAAUGCUCUCACCAGUCUACUUCAUUCUCGGAGGAUCCAAGAAGGACGAGGGAUGCAUCAUCGCUAGAAGUCUCGACAAGACCGCACUUCUCACCGAGAUGGCCACAUCCCCACACGGAUGGUACCUGUUGGAGACCAACUACGAUCAGGGAACCGAGGACCUCUACCUUGACGACCGUGACACUCCGGGAUUCCGUUGCAUGGACAAGUUGACCCAGAAGAACGUCGGAUUCGAGGGAAUCUUCAACGUCUUGUCAUCCCGCACCAACCUGAAUAAGCUCACCACCUACACCGUCCUCAUGUCCGUCGAGACUUCUCGCUUCGAGACCAUCCUUCAAUCCUGCCCGGGAGAAUGCUAUCCAUGGUAGAUUGGAUUCAACAUUCUCAUAUACGCAAUGAUUCAUUGAAAUAAACUUUCAUUUUUGU